AUGAAUUGUCCGUCCAGAACAGACGAGCCCCUUCAAUACGAUGGCCUAAAUCAGAAUCCCUCGGGCCUUGCCGCGGAUUUGACAACAAGACAGGACCUCAAUGGCAUAGUCAAUACUAGGACAGAUCAGGAUAUCAGUACCAUACCCAAUGAUUCAAAGUCCGAGCAGCAUGCGUGCUCAAUUGGUAUGGAAGGCCAGCCCCUAGACAAGGAAACCCCUGGUCCCGACGACACCGCAAACUCCAGGCUAGCAUACCCUUCGGAAGGUAAACAUAGGAAAUCUCAAGCAUUCCUUGGAAAUCUUUCGACCAUACCAGGAGCGACAGGCCGCGUCCUCCUGAAAUACGGUAGAUUUAUAGGACCCGGAUUCAUGGUCGCUGUUGCAUACAUUGAUCCCGGUAAUUACUCCACAGAUGUCGCUGCGGGAGCGGCCAAACGAUUCAGGCUGCUUUUCAUUGUACUAAUGUCUAAUAUCUUCGCCAUCGUGCUGCAGUCAUUAGCUAUCCGCCUUGGGACCAUCACUGGUAGGAACCUAGCAGAGAAUUGCAGAGCACACCUACCGAAAUGGCUUAAUAUCAUUCUCUAUAUCCUAGGGGAGGCUGCAAUAAUUGCGACAGACAUUGCCGAAGUCAUCGGGAGCGCUAUUGCAUUAAACCUCUUGCUAAAGAUUCCAUUGGUGGCGGGUUGUGCGAUAACCCUGGUCGACGUUCUUGUUAUUCUGCUUUUCUACAACCCAAACGGCAAUCUACGGCAGCUCAGACUUUUCGAAAUCUUUGUCAUGGCUCUCGUCCUAGGAGUGGUGAUCUGUUUUUGUAUUGAGCUUUCGCUUCUCACAGGCGUCUCUGUUGGUGAAGUUUUCAGGGGAUACUUACCAUCCUCGGCAGUCGUUCAAGGCGAUGGUAUCUAUCUCAGUUGUGGCAUUCUUGGAGCAACGGUGAUGCCACAUAGUCUGUAUCUAGGGAGCGGUAUCGUUCAGUCUCGGCUUCGCCAUUUCGAUAUUCAGGCCGGCAAUACCAGCCCUAGAACCCUGGAGAAGUCCGUAUACAGGCCUUCGCUAUCAGCCAUACGGUCCUGUUUGAGUUAUUCUAUCGCUGAAGUUGCUAUAUCGUUGUUCACGUUUGCGCUUUUUGUCAAUAGCUCUAUCUUGAUCGUCGCAGGCGCGUCCUUGUCAUCAAAUUCGGCUGCCGAAUCGGCCGAUCUUUUUGGAAUCCACAGCCUUCUGGCGAAGACAAUCGCCCCAGCAGCAGGCACUAUCUUUGCACUUGCGCUUCUGCUAUCUGGCACAUCAGCAGGUAUAGUCUGUACCAUCGCUGGUCAAAUGCUCAGUGAAGGUGCUCUGAAUUGGACCAUUGCCCCCUGGCUCAGGAGGCUGCUCACGCGGUCAAUCAGUAUCACGCCUAGCAUUAUCAUUGCUGGAGCAGUGGGCAAAGAUGGACUUUCAGAUGCUCUCAAUGCAUCGCAGGUCGCUUUGAGUGUAUGCCUACCCUUUGUGUCGGCUCCACUCAUAUACUUCACAUGCAGAAACCGGUAUAUGAAGGCGGGGAUUCAUUCUGGCACUGAUACUGAGGAUGUAGACGACGAAAACGACCACGAUGAACCGGUGAAAAUGAGAAAUCAUUGGAUCUUGUCAUCCUUGGCUUUGGUCAUCUGGCUUGUAAUUGUAAUUAUGAAUGUUGCGUUGCUGGUGCUAGUUGGUAUGGGAAAAGCCUAA